UAUGAGCUAUAUUUUUUCAUUAAUGAAUUGCGUGAAACAACAUUGUUUCAGAAAUAACGGCUUAUUAAAACAUUCAAACUUGUAUUUAUAAAAACUGACAAGCGCAUCUGGCAGGGUCACGCCCAUUUAUGAUUUGUAGUCCUUCAAGCAGCAACCAGCCAGUGGUUUGUUUGUGGUUGCUGGAGUCUGUGUCACAGCCACGGAAGAAGUUGACAGUUCGGUUCUGAUUUCAUUCACCAGGGUGAUACAAGCGCAGGCAACAACCUCACAGUCCACAUGCUUCGGGGCUCCGCCUGACCCGACCCGACGCUGGCGCCCAGUGCCAGCUCCGAUUCCCGCCUGCAGUCGAGUGGGGUCGAGUGACGGACAGACGGCACCACCUUCCCACCCCGUGUCUUCCUCCUCCUCCUCCUCCUCCUCUUCCUCACCCUCCUGCCUGCGGUCAGGAUGAAGCUGCGUCUGCACUUUGUGGUGGACCCCAUGGGCUGGUUCUGCAUGUCCUUGGUCUUCUUCGUGUGGUUCUACAACACCCUCUUCAUCCCCAAGCUCAUCCUCUUCCCACACUACAACGAGGGACACGUCCCCUGGGCCCUGGUGAUCUGUUAUUAUCUGGCAUCAUUGUUCUGUGUGACCGCGUUGGUGAGGGCGUCGACUGCAGACCCAGGCAGGCUACCCCAGGACCCCCACAUACCUCACUCAGAGCGUGAGCACUGGGAGCUGUGUAAUAAGUGUAACCUGAUGCGGCCCAAGAGGUCCCACCACUGCAGCCGCUGUGGCCACUGUGUUCGACGCAUGGACCACCACUGCCCCUGGAUUAAUAACUGCGUGGGGGAGGACAACCACUGGCUCUUCCUGCAGCUGUGUUUCUACACGCAGGUGUUGAGUCUCUUCACGCUGGUGCUGGACUUCUGCCACUACUACUGCUUCCAGUCCCUGCCUAAUCUCCGCCAGGAGGAGUUCACUGGGCGUCAUGAGUUGGCUUUGCUGCGCACCUCCACCUUCAUGGGGCUGGUGAUGUUUGGAGGCAUGAGCAGCCUCUUCUACACCCAGCUCACCGGCAUCCUACAAGACACCACCACCAUAGAGAAGAUGUCCCUCUUCAACAGUGAAGUUGUCCCCAGUAGUCGUCCGUGGCAGCAGUCCCUGGCGGAGGUGUUUGGCACGCGCUGGAAGCUCCUGUGGUUCCUCCCCUUCAGGAGACGACAGCCUCUAGGGGGCGCCCUCCACUCCCGCAUCCGUGUGUGAGCCCCCUCACACCCGCCUCCUUACCCACAAUGCAAUACAGCACUGUACCAGGGCCAGAACGUCCCCCCCCCCCCCCCACCCCACCCCCCCUUCCCAGCCCAGCUUCUCGUCAUGCUAGUCCGUCAUCAGACAUGUCCAGUGCUGUCCACUUCGUCCCACUAGACUGGUGAAGGGCUGCUGGAGGUUUCACACACACACACACACACACACACACACUGCCCAGUGAUGCUCCAGUCUCCCAGAUUUGACACACACACAC